ACCAGCCCCUCGACCCAUUUCUUUCUCAUUUUCACAUUCAAUCCACUGCUGUCCCGCUGUUGUCCACUCAUCCCUUUGUCUUCUUGUGUUGUCCCUCGGUCUCCCAAGUACCACAUUCAGCUGAUCUUUUUUUAAAUUACUUUAUUCUCCUGGCAUCAAGGAGCAGAAGAGCUUUUAUACAUAGGCGGUCCUUCCUGAACAGCCUCUAAUACAGUGAUCAGUGAUCAGUAUGGCCGGAGACUUAGAACAAGUCCCUGUAGUUACAGUCCUUUUUCUGUAGGUGGUGGAGUCUUUUUCAUUGACAGUGUGGAGAUGGGACGGCUGUCUGCCAAGAAUGCUGUACUAAGGGAUUCCUGCAAUAGGCUGAAGUUGGACUAGAUGAUCUCCAAGGUCACUUCCAACCCUGACAUUCAAUGAUUCUGCAUCCCAACCAAUAUUCCUCUAAGGUCACUCUAAGCAUUCUUUGUAUAUUUGUCUGUAAGUACCUUAAGCAGCAAUCCACAUUUUCUCUGCUCUGGGUAGAGUUUGCUAAGCCUUCCAGAGUUAUUCUCCCACAGGCUUUAUUUCCAUCGUGGGCCACUCUGACGGUAUUCCACAACCAACCUUCCACUCCACAUCCAUGAAAAUCAUUCCACAAUUUUAGGCCUUUUUUACUUUAUUAUACACCAUACGUCUCUCUAUGUACAAUGAACUUUGUCACAGUUCUAAAUUCCUGAAUGACCGAUAAUCAAAAACCCAUUUACAUGCCUUCUGCUGAUCUGCACUUCCCAGGUCUGAACAACUCUCAUCUCUUGUAUCUUGUUAAGCAUCUUCCCAGGAACAAUUAGCAAAUGGCUGCCCCUGUAGUUUUUGCAUUCACCUGUCUACCUUUCCCUCUGCAAAGGAGAACAAAAAUGGUGCUGUGUUUUCCCUAAAAUAAGACUCUGUCUUAUAUUUUUUAGAACCCUGAAAUAAAUGCUUGGCCUUAUUGCCAUGCACUCAAAAGCCCAGUUGGGCUUAUUAUCAGGAGAUGUAUUAUUUUGGCGGAAACAGAGGAAACAAAGGCGGAAAAUUUCAGCCUUUGGGCACAGAAAUGGCACAUCUUUUACACAUCUACCGGUAUUAAGCAAGCAACAUGGCCAUUAUCUAAGCAAAUCCACACCCAAGUGUUAAUAGUUCUCCAGCUACCUUAUCUACUUCAGCAGUCCUAUGUAUUUUAGCCUUCAUCUGAAUUCUGCUUUUCGACAUACUGUAUCACUCUCAGCCCCAUACAAAUUGGGGAAAGACAUUCCUUCACUUUGACUUUACCCCCCAAAUUAUUAUCACUUUCAUUUUUAAAACAACUUUUAAUUUCCAUCAAAAUUGUUCUGCAUUUUCUCUACCUCUUUAAACCUUAACAGAUUCACUGCUCUGACUGCAUUCUUUGCAACUUUUUCUUUCUAAAAGCUUUCUCUUUUUCCCACUUCCUGCAGCAAUCGUUCUUAUGUGCAUUUCCCCUUAACCCAUUUUAUUCCAUUAUUCCCUCAAACAUCCAUUUUCAUGUCUUUCAUUAAUGUAACUCUACACACUUCUAUGGUGCUAGAAUAGAAUAGAAUAGAAUUCUUUAUCGGACAAGUGUGAUUGGACAAUGCAAGGAAUUUGUCUUGGUGCAUACGCUUUUGGUGUCCAUAAAAGAAAAGAUACAUUUGUCAAGAAUCAUAAGGUACAACACUUAAUGAUAACCUGGUUAUCUUCACUCUAUUCAAGCAGCAACCAUAUUCUCUUUUCUUGUGUCCAUUUUCAGUUCAUUCUUGAGAAAGAUUAAUACAAUGAUUGUUGGUAUUGAGUUUCUCUUCCUGCACAUUCCACUUCCUUUUUUUCCCUUUUCUCUUCUAUGUCCAUUUUUAUGAUCCAUUCUUGGCCUCAACAAGAAAGGUGCUCUCCCAGAUUCAAAUCAUUCCUCACUUUUGUAUCUCUCCCUAAUUGUCUCUUCCUACUUUUCAACUUUUCUUUCUUCUGCAUAUACAAGAACAGACUUGCUUAGGCCACUCACAGAAUUUGGAGCAUGGAGAGUUUUUCCUGAGCAGAGGCUCACCUAGCAGUCCUCCUCCUCCUCCUCCUUUUUUGGAUGUCUGCAGGGGAGAGGGGAGCACAGGGGAGAGCCAGAGCAAGCAAGCUACCAGAACUGCAGUCAAGCACAAAGGCUUCCUUCUUAAACUAAGGAAAAUAAAUGGAUGGUGCCAGUCAACUGGGAAGUCGCACCCAUCGCCGAAGGCGAUCUAUAGCUCCCCAUAUCCCCCUCUUCAGCCCUCUUUGCUCUCAGGUUCUGUAGAGCCCCACUGGCCGAGCAACGGAGAGGAGGGGCCAGCAGAGCAAUGGGGAAGGUUAGGGCCGCUCCCCAUUCCGCCCCCAUUGUCUGAUGGCCGGCCCGGAUAACAGGCAGGAGGCACUAGGGCCCGGCAAGCCUCACCCGCGGGUCGCCUUUUAUUGUCUCGCAGUCGCUCCGCUCAGCGCGGGGAAACUCGCCUGUUUCUAGCGGCGCUUGGUCCUUCUCAGGGACCGACUGUGGCCGAGCGGUGCGAGCUGUGCCUCGCGUGAAGGGCCUCCUCUUUCCUCGGCCUUUGCGCCUUUCACUUCGCGGGAUGGGGACGCUGCUGCUCCUCUUCGCUCUGAGCGCGCUUCUUUGUUCCGCCGCUGCCGGAGAAGCUCGCGGGGCGCGGAGCUGUGCGGAGACCCGGCAGGCGCUGGCGAACCGCGGCUUCUCACUCGCUUCGGUCCCACCCACCCUUAUCUCUGGAGAGCACCUUCGCAUCUGCCCCCAGGACUACGCCUGCUGCGCCAGCGAGACGGAGGAGCGGCUCAGCGAGCAAGGGCAGGCGGACCUUCGGGCGCUGUUGUGGGAGACGGGCGCCUUCUUGAUCAGGACUCUGAGCUCUCGCCAGCAUCGCUUUCAGGACUUUUUCCAGGAGCUUCUUGCUGGAGCUGAGCGGUCCCUCCAGGCCAUGUUUGCCCGUUCCUAUGGGCGCCUUUAUGUGCAGCAUACCCGCCUCUUCCAGGGAUUAUUUGUGGAGUUGCAACAUCACCUUAAGGGGUCUCGGCCCAGCCUAGAUGAGGCCCUGAGUGACUUCUGGUCUCAGCUUUUGGAGCGAAUGCUGCCUCUGCUUAACCCCCAGUAUAGCUUCCAAGAAGGGUACCUGGAGUGUGUGGGGCGCCAGGUGGAAAGCUUCCAUGCCUUUGGAGACAGCCCCCACCAGUUCCGGGUGCAGGUGUCUCGGGCUUUCCUUGCUGCUCGGGUCUUUGUUCAGGGCCUGGCCACAGGACGAGACAUCGUUGCCCAGGCAGUUAAGCUGUCUCCCACUGAAGAGUGUCGACGGCGCCUCUCCUUCUGCCCACUGUGCCGUGGGCUUCCAGCCCUCAAGCCUUGCCAUGGAUUUUGCCUCAACGUCAUGAAAGGCUGCUUGGCGAGCGUCACAGAGAUGGAUGCCGAGUGGGGGCGCUUGCUGGAUGCACUGAUCCAACUGGCAGAACAACUCACAGGACCCUUCAAUUUUGAGUUGGCAGCUGAUUCCAUUGCAGUGAAAAUUUCAGAGGCCAUAAUGUACCUGCAGGAACACAAUAUACAGACAUCGGCUAAGGUCUUCCAGAGCUGUGGCAACCCACGCCCAACUCCCGCCCAUUCCCGACGUGACCCCCAAGAAGAAAGCAGGUACCGCUUUCAAAUCUACCCACCAGAGGAGAAGCCAACCACCGCAGGUGGGACCAACUCGGACCGGCUGGUAUUGGAUUUGAAGGAAAAACUUCGUCUCAUGAAGCGCUUCUGGACCCUGCUGCCCCACGCUGUCUGCAGCAGCGAGAAGACAGCGGCUGACAUGGCAAAUGAGGACAGUUGCUGGAACGGUCAGACACAGGGCAGGUAUCUCCCAGAUGUGGCAGCUGAUGGACUGGUGAAUCAAAUCAACAACCCAGAAAUGGAGGUCGACAUUUCACAACCCGAUCUUCUAACCCAGAGAAGUGUCCUGGCUCUGCGCAGUGCGGCCUCGUGGCUGAUGGGGGCAUGCCAUGGGCAAGACCUCGACUUUCAGGACGCUGAUGACGAUGGCAUCAGUGGCUCAGGUGAUGGAUUUCAUGAAGACCGGCCAGCCUCCCCAGGGUCAGGAGGAGCAGUUGCCAGAGGGGCUUCUGGGAGCUCACAGCCCUCCCCUGACUCUUGAGCCCCUCGAAGGGAGCGAUCCAGGAAGGGUUCCUCCUCCCGGCAUAACCAAAGUGGUGGAAGGCUGAGCAGCAGGGCUGGGCCUUUCCCAACAGCAGCCCUAUCGCUGGCCCUUUUCCUGAAUUUGGUCUUCCUUGGGGGGCGGUGAGGGGGGGCUUGUCCCCAAGCACUAGACCUCCUUAAUGGAGGGGAAGCACCCCUCUCCAUGUGCCCAGGGAAACAAAAGCUGGAGGGCAGGUGGGGGACGCAGUUUUGUAGGGGUGAAAAGCGGGGGCUCAUAAACCUGACUUCUUCGGGGAAGGGAAGGGAGCCUCAUAAACCGGUUCACCUUUUGUCCUUGGAAAAGCAAACUUUCCCUCCUGAUGCUUUCAAGCUUUGAAAUUACCCUUGUUUGUUAUUUCCUUUUCAUACCUGCAACUGUCCAGGUUUUAUGACUAGGAUGGGGUUUUUUUUCACUUUGUUAAGCGGAGGGGGAGUAACUGGGGGGGGGGAGGGCUUGCAGAAGAGAUUCCUGCAUUUGGGCUGGUAGCAGCUGCAGGGAUAAGCACAAGUGGCCGAAUCUCUUCUCUCUUACACAUAAAGACACACACGCACUUAUCUAUUCUUCCUGCCUCACUGCCACUUUCUUAUAGAUGCACCCCUACGCCCAUACGCCCACAGUCCCAUACCCAUACUCACAGACAGUUUCCCAGAAAAACUUGGGGAGAUGGAACUGGUUGAGGCCCAACCCUCAACCCUGUUGCUGCUGGUAUUUUCUGGACUCUUUUUUUCUUAAGUUAUGGAAUAAAAUAUUUAAUUUAUUGUUUUCCGUAUCAACAACAGCUCUUUCUUACUUAUUUGUGCUCUUCUGUUUGUGCAAGCCUCAAG